UCAAACUCUGAUCUUCCCCCUUGAUGAGACAGACAUGCUCCAGCAUCCAGCAUGGAUUAUCCCUCCAAGCCAAAUGCCAGGAGGGGUGUGCAGGGCUGGAUGAGGUCUUAAGGCUGCUGAUGGUUUUCCAAGUGUAAGAACAGGUUGCAGCUGUGUUGUGUGACCACAGUGUGGCUCCUUGGCCCAGUGUGACAGCACUGUUGUGCUGCCCGUAUUCCUGAGCGGAUCCACAAGUGUGUGCCGCCCUGUUUGGAGCCAGUACCAGAACAUGCUCUGUGUACUGGAAAUCAGUAUUAAAAAUGUGAGCAGUGCUGCUCUUCUUUCCCCUUCAAACUGCUUGUCAGACCUGCCAGGAGUGAGGUCAGGGCUUCUUGAGGGCUGUCACCCUGCUCAGGGUUCUUUGACUGCGCUCUGUUUGGGUAGAGCCAGUGGAACCAGUGAGUAGAGGGUUGUGCUGCUGUCCCCGAUUCUCAGGACACAGCUCCAGUUAUCCCCUGGCCUUGGUUCAAACCUUACCCUGCCUGUAAGCCAAAAGCAGUUGGUUAAACUGGAGCCAGGAGAUGUUCCUGUCUCAGUGGUACCCCACAUCCAUUGGGCCUCAAAGCUCAGGGGAGAUGGGUUUGGGCUGGUGGACACCAGGACAUGGCAUGUGCCCAACCUGACCAAGCUUGGGCCAAGGUUGCCAUCACCUCAACAUGGAGCCUGGUGCCUUGUUUUCCCCUCUGCCCUGAUCCCCAGCCCUUGCUGGUGCUGUACCACUGUGCUGACAUGGCCCUGGGCCUUUUGAAGGGCCUUGGAGCUUUUCCUGGCAGCCCCAAGUGCUGUGAGGAAGCCUGAGCAGUCCCUAGGUGCAGCUCUGCCACUUGUGGGAGUCCAGGCCUGGGAUCCCUCCCACAACUGUUGGCUUCUUCCCUCAGUGCAUCUUGUUCCCAUCCUGGGGUCUCCCUCUUUGAAAGCAAUCCUCCCAGCUUGGAAAAGAAAAGCAGACAUGCACACACACCAGAUACAUGUGCUUUUGUUUUAAUGCCUGAAAAUUGCUAUUACGUAUCUUUUAAACAAGCAAGGCAUCUGUUUUUCUACUUGCCCACCCUCCUUUCCUGGAAGUUCUCUGCAAGCACCUGUGAAGGAGGGAGGUGUCAGUGCUCUGGCUGCAGGAAGGUCAAAGCUGAGAGGUUGUAAGAAAGGUUAUUUUCCGAAGUACUUUUCUGCUGGCUCAAGAUGCUGGAGUGUUGGUGCUGGCACCAGCAGCCCGCCACUCUUGCCAUGUUUAAUAGAGUAAAGCCAUGUUUUUGCUACUUGGAAGAAACCCACCUCAUGUUUAGGUUUUUCGUUGGUCUCAGGUUUAGGAGAGUUUUGGACUGGAGCGCACAGCAUGGCAGCAGCACCAUGUCCCCAGCCAUAGCCCAGCCCUGUGCAGGGACAACCGGCUGCAGUGACAGGCUGCAAAAGAUGAAACGUCCCCAAGAAUACUUUGGGUGUUAGUGGGCAAGGCAGCAGCGCUGCCCAUGCCCUGAGCCCAUCCCCUGGCUAAGCCCAGCCCAAGUCCCAGGCGCAGGGAGCCGUGAGCGCCUACUUCCGGGACGGGGCGUCUCUAGGCAACGGGAGACGCUCCACUGGCUCCGCCCCCUAGCAGGACACAGCGGCCUCAGCCAAUGGACGGCAAGGGAGCCGGUGGGGAACCAAUGAAGGGAGAGGGCGGGCCGAGCGCAGAGCACUGCUUGGGAUCCCCGGGCGGCACCGGCCCCGCCGCCCGUUCCCGCUCAGGCCGGGGUUCCGCUGCGCGCCGCGGGGAGCAGGGAGAAGUGAAGGGCCGCCGGCUGGCCAGCCCUCCAAGAUAAUCUCCUGGUGAAAAGCCCUUUCCCCUCACACAAGGCGCAGUGUUUUCCAGCACAGCGUGAUGGCCUCACAUGACCUCAUGAAGAUGCUGGACACUGCUAUUGAGAUACCCCAUGAUGGGGUUCUUAACUUACGGGCACUGCACAAGCUGCUCAAGGCCAUGAUCGGGCAGCUGGGCCAGCACCAACUGCCUGUCUUGGAGCCAGGGCAAAGCCCGACUUCCUGCCUGGGGAAGGACCAGGACACCAAGGAACAGCCUGGCCAGGAGGAGGAAGAAGAUGGAGCCCUGAGCACGGGACAGCAGCCCCAAGAGCCAGAGGAGCAGCUGCCCAGGAAGGACACGCUGGAGAGGACCAGGAGCAAUGCUGAGGUCACCUCCAUGGUCAAGGAUCUUACGGCAAAAGCAACAGAAGAGGAACAAGAAAUCUGCAAGACUAGGGCUCCCCUCCAGGAUGCUGCAGGACAGCUGUCAGGCCUCCAGGACCAGCUGGCGCGGGACAGCAAUGCGGAUGACAGUGGGGGCCAGUCUGCCUCUGCUGAGCCCCCUGAAUUGGAUGUAAACGCCCAGCAUGGGGAGAACUCAGCACGGGGUCCAAAUGGACCUGGAAUACAACAUGGGACAAAGACCAGCCAGGGGACUCCAGGGUCACACAGAACACUGGUGACCCCUGAGAAGUUGGGUGAUGUUCCCUCAGAUCAAAUGAGGACUUCUGAUGCUAGCACCACCACCACAGGAACACAGCCAGAAUCCCUUAGCACCCAGGUCACUACCACAGGGGUGGAGCCUGGGUCCCCCAGCACCCAGGCCACUGCCCUGGGCAUGCAGACGAGGUCCCCUGGCACCAAGACCACCACUCUGCACCCAGAGCCUGGGGCCACCGGCACCCAAAGCACCACCCCAGGGAUGCAGCCUGGAUCACCUGGCACUCAUGCCACCACCCCAGGGAUGCAGCCUGGGUCACCUGGCACUCAUGUCAUCACUCUUGAGAUGGAGCCAGGGUCACCUGGCACUCGUGCCACCACCCCAGGGAUGCAGCCAGGGUCACCUGGCACCCAAAGCACCACCCCAGGGAUGCAGCCUGGAUCACCUGGCACUCAUGCCACCACCCCAGGGAUGCAGCCUGGGUCACCUGGCACUCAUGUCAUCACUCUUGAGAUGGAGCCAGGGCCACCUGGCACUCGUGCCACCACCCCAGGGAUGCAGCCAGGGUCACCUGGCACCCAAAGCACCACCCCAGGGAUGCAGCCAGGGUCACCUGGCACUCGUGCCACCACCCCAGGAAUGCAGCCAGGGUCACCUGGCACUCAUGCCACCACCCCAGGGGUGCAGCCUGGGUCACCUGGCACUCAUGCCACCACCCCAGGGAUGCAGCCAGGGUCACCUGGCACUCAUGCCACCACCCCAGGGAUGCAGCCUGGGUCACCUGGCACUCAUGCCACCACCCCAGGGAUGCAGUCAGCAUCACCUGGCACUCAUGCCACCACCCCAGGGAUGCAGCCUGGGUCACCUAGCACUUGUGCCACCACGCCAGGGACACAGCUGGCAUCUCAAGGGACACGUCUGAAUGCCACAAACUCCAGGCAUGGAGACAAGGCUUUGCCCAGCACUGUACCUGCUCAGGCAGGCCACCCAGCAGCUCAGACCAUACAGACAACAGCCCAGGGGUUUGAGAUCCCCCCCAACACUGCUCCCAGGGCCACGUCGCCUUGGAAAGAGCCAGUCAUGCUCUGGGAAUCAUCGGGCUCCAGCGGCACUGCUGUGGAGGUCGAACAAGCUUUCCACCAGAUUGGACAACUUGGCCACCUCUGUGCUGCCCUGAAGGAGCAGGUGGCCCAGCUGGAAGCCACCAAGUCUGACCGUACUGAGCUUGAGAACCUGCAUCAGCUCUUCCUGGAAAGAGGCCAGGAGAGCACCACCAGCAUCCUGGCCAACCUGCAGGGCCUGGCCAAGGAGCUCCAAGAGAAGGCGGAGAAGAUCAGGCAGCUGGAGAGCGCCCUUGGAAACCUGAGGUUUGAUGGAGCUGGCAGAAAAGCAGAUGACAGUGGCCAAAUCGCCCUCCUGCUGGGGUCCCCGCAGCACGAGAUGAAGCAGGAGCUGCAGGCAGAGCAGCAAGAGACGACAAAGGCAACGCUGGAGCAGUUGGUGACCAAGACGUCCGAGCAGCUGCAGGCAGAGCAGCUGCAUGAGCCGAGGGUGCCCACACAGAGUGGGGGGCAGGAGCAGGCAGGGUGCCCCAUUUGCAACUCAGACACCAAAGUGCAGGUGGCAAAGCUCCUCCAGCGCUAUGAGAAGCUCCAGGAGCUGGUGGAGUCCUCCAUGUCCCAACAGAUGGUGGGCAAGAUGCAGGACGAGCUGCUGAAGUGCAUCCAGGCCACCAUCAUGCAGGUACAAGGGGACUACAAGCAGCUCAGCUCUGCCCUCAGGAACCUCCUGGAUGAUCAUCACCAGGAACAGAAAGCCAUCGAGGCUCUGUCCCAGGCCCUGGAGAGGCUGAAGCAGCAGAAAGCAGACAAGGAGGAGCUGCUGCUGUUGGGAAUCGAUGAGAAAGCAGACAAAGCCGCCCUGGCCGACAAAGUCAGUUGCAGCCAGUUUGAGGCGUGCGUGGAGCGGUUGAACGCGAUGAUGGAGGAGGUGACGAGCCGGGUGACGGGCCAGGAGAAGGGCUGGCACCAAUUCCAGCGACAGCUCCAGACACAGAUGGACUCCAAGCUGGACCGCCGGGAGCUGGGGCCGUUCCGGCAGCACCUGGAGGAGCGGUGGAAGAGCCUCAGGGGGCAGCUCCAGGAGAAGGUGCUGCAGCCAGAGCGUGACGAUGCUGCUGGGAUUAGGAAGCAGCUGCUGGCUGAUUUUCACUGCCUGUCCUGUGACCGGCCCCUCAACAUGCUGGCGCCUGGACCGGAACAGACGGGCGAGUGCAGAUACCCCACUGUUCCACGGAGCUGUGGGGGCCCACACACCCUCACCCCCCCGCGCUUUCAGCCUCACCUGCCCAGCGCCCCAAGGCGGCUCCCACCCAUUGCCCGGUGCCUGAACAAGAAGGACGUGAUGCUGUUGUGCCAGAACAGCAUCAGUGCGGGCCAGCAGGACGGGCAGCUGCCUGUGCUGGGGGACCAGGCAGGUAUGGCUGGGUCAUGCCUGUGGAGGCCAUCCUGGUGGCAUGAAGGGGACAGCAGCAGGGUGGCCGUGGGGUGCCAGGUUUUCUCCCCCCCAAUGACUCCCCUGGCUUGCUCUGGUCUCUCCUUGCCAGGCUUCCAGAGGGACAACCCUGAGCUGUCCCUAAGGCAAAGGGACAGCCCAGACACUGAGUCCUCACUGAGCCAGUCAGGCACCCCCUGCUCACUGGAGCACCAACGAGCCUUGUCCCAAGGAUCAGCCUCAGACCUCGGUCACCUCUCCCCAGCACCGGGGCUGCUCCCGCCCCCCCAGCCCCACCAAAAUGGAUCAGCACCCUGACAGCCCGGCAGGAUGGGGGUCCUGGGCACUGAGCAAGCAGCAAUAAAGGGGCAGCCAAGCGCUGGUAUCUGAGUGGGGGGGUUGUGGGGCAAGAAAACUAAAAAGCCUCCCAGCUCCCCUGGGAAGGUCCACAAGCAGCAGGCACGGGGACGGGGGCUGGGGCAUCACCUUGUUAAAUCCCCCCAGGCCCUGGGGGUGUUUAAGGGAGGGAGAGUGGGGGGUGUGGAACACACUCAGGACACUUACCAAUAGGAGCACGGUGGUGGAAACAUCCCAAGGGGAGCAAAAUUCUCCAAAACUGCUUGAAGGAGACUGGAGAAGAAAGGGAACCUGUAAAGAGAUUAUUGCCCAUAACUCAGCUGCUCAGUGCAAAAUCAAAGGUGUAAUAACACCCCAAGCCCACUGGAGAGCUCCCGGAGAACGUGGAUGGAGCUGCCGCUUGUCUCAAUUGACACUUUGCCUGCUUGAGUAUAACGAAUAUAAAUAGUCCAUCGGUCCCGCUCAGCUGCCUUGUACCACAGCACUGCUUAAUACUAAACACAGCAAUAGCUUUAACUCAGCACCUGAGCCUUUGGAAGGAGUCUCCUCAGUCAAGAUCCUUCCACCACCUCUCUUUUGGCAUGAGAACGAAGUUACUAUUGAAAAAAGUCACAUGUUUAAAAGUUGUUUUAAGCAGCCCAGGGGGAGGGAAACGAACAGCUUUUUCCUUGCCCAACUGAUUCCCCAAAUUGAACAAGCUCCCCAAGCCACCUAUAAGGUGCCUACAAGGGAGGUGAGCGUGCACUGAGUCCAGUUAACACUGGGGCUGUGUGGCUCAUUUACUCCAGGAAGGUUGGGCAGCAUCACUCCCGGUACCUCCUGCACGAGCAGCAGAAGCAGACACAGUAAUUCAGGGGUCAGAAAAGCCACAGCACACCCAUUUUAGGACCUAAACCCAGAGAUGCUGGAGCACUUACAGGGGAAAAUAUUAUUGCUGCUACUACUAAUAAUGGCAUCGUUACUGAAUCUAUACAAAGCAACUACUGUUUGAGCUGAAAAAUAAUUAACUGGAUAAAUCAUUUACAGGGUGCCUGCAUAAUAAAAGGGGAAAUGCCUGUUUAAAACCCUGUCAACUGUGAUGCUCUUUCAACCCAGCUGCAGCAGUUCUGAUAACACUUAAUUUUGGGAACAUCCAUUCAACCCAGGUGAGAUGAGUCAUUACACAUGACACCAAGUGCCACUUCACAUACGAGCACUGGUGGAUGUUCCUGCUCUGCUGAGACAACAAACCCUUGCUGAGCUGGAGCAGUGAAGAUUUCUUCUUACCAUCUCCCAGGGGAGAACAGUGACAGGGGGGCUGUGAAAAUGAGGUUUUUCCUUUCCACCCUGCGUGUCCCCCACUAACCCAGGAGCUCAUCCUUAAACAGGAUUUUAAUAUAGCCAAAUGUAAUGCAAAUGCACUCAAGUGCAGCGGCUAAAUCAUGUGUAAGACCUUACACCUGUAGCACUUUGCCUUUAUUCCUCAUCUGAGUGACAAGGAUGGUGCAAAAAUCUGGAGGCUUCUCCCAUCCUUGGUGGGAUCUGCCCAGACCAGGGCAAAUCCUCAACCUGUGGGGACUGCCUGGGCUCUGCAACCCCUGGGUCCUGCGAGCAGCCUUCAGUCAGGUGCACAGUAUUUAAUUGGUUUUGUGGGAUUUUCUGCACUACUAAUCACCAUGAAAUAAUUACGAAGCCUGUGCAGCGUGUUGAGUGCUGUCAGAGAUGUUGAACUCCUGACAGCUCCUGCAAUAGCAAUGGUGAUCCUCCUGCUUUGUGUGUGCGGCACCCAGAGGAGAUGGCUGCGGGCGGGCGAGCACCCACAGAGCAUGCUGAGGAGAAAGGUGAAAUAUUCACACACCCUAUGAAAAACAUCCAAAAUCCAUGAAAAUACAUGUUUUUUAAAAGCCACGAUUUUUGGAAAGGACAGAAGUUCUUUUUCUUCCAGGCAUAGGUUGUCUCACUAAAAAGAAUAGGAAAAUGGAAUUUUGCUUCACAAUCUGAGUUAACUAACUACUCACUAAGUGGCCCAUGUUUUCCAAGAUGCAGCUUCAUGAAUAUUCUUCAUGUCUCUCAGGAACCAGCUGUCUAAUGAAGCUGAGCCAUGCUUUCACCCCGUGCCUGCACUGGGGUGAGACAACUUCAUUUAAAAAAAAAAAGAAAUGUUAGCAAUUCAUUCUGGGAUUCUGUUCAGUAAGUUUUCCAAAGGAGCAGCUUUUUCUCAAGCAGCACGCCAAACAGAUGGCAGCGCAUGCACAGAGAUGCCCCUUCCCCAAUGUCCUCAAAUGAGACACCAUCGUACCCACGCCACCUUCCAGGAGUUCAGCAUUAUGUCUGCCUGGUUUGAUCCCUUCCCAGGAGCCUUUCCCAACCCCUUCACUCUCCCAAAACGUGCUGCUCAAGAAGGCUCAGUCAGAGCAAAUCCUACAUGGCUUCAAAUGAAGGAUCGGCUCUCACUUCAUCUCCCUGCAGGGUCAACUUAGCAGGAUCCAGACCACAGCCAGGGCCCCUGCACCACACUGUAAUACACACAUGGCCAAGCCAUGAACCACAACAAGGGUUAUAUGUAUUACUCCAGCCAAGCAAAAUUACCUUUUAAUUCCAAAGCAGAGGCUCAGUUGAGGAACUACACCCAUUUCAGGCCCAGCUGGCCAUACCGAAGCCCUAACUAUGCCAUGCAUCACAGCAUCUCCCUGAACUGUGCUUCUUCGGACACAGAACAGUGCUAAGAGUGGUGGUGUUCACCUGCUGGAUCAGCUUUAAUAAGCAGGAUUGUGGUGACCAGCAUGAAGAGGGGCUGAGGGCUGUGAUCUCUGCUGGGUACUGGAAAACAGCUUCACCUGCUUAAAAGCUUUCUGCAACAUGAUCCCGAAAACCACAAUACUUCUCCCAUGGCUCUCUGCUGCACAACCCAAUUUCCACAAAGCUCCAGCUAACCGGGCUGCAAACAAGCUGUUCAGAAUUCCAGCUACAUCCUUUUUUGUUUGUUUAGCUUUCAUUUUUAUCCCAGUGUCAAUACAGCCAAACCUCGGCGGCACAGAUUUGUCAGGCACCUCGCAGCACCACUGAUGUCCAGCACCUUGUCCAGCAUCAGUCUAAGGAGCUGACAGCAUCACAGAGCACACAGGCAGCUCAAGCUGCUCUCGCUCCACUCUGCUCAUUGUACAGCGAGUAUGAGAAAGUCAAGGGGGGAACCAGAUCAUUUUAUCACUCCACUGGCUGCAGCUGAGGUUCCCAGUAAUGCAAUCGCUCCUUUGGCAGCUCAGGAGGAAUAUUUCGGAUUUCAAAGCAUAUUUUCAAAUUAAGGGGCUUCAGGGAGGAGCUUCCACCUCUGCUGAACAUCACCGCACCCCAAGGGCUCUGCUCUCCAGCCAGGGCAAUGGGGACAUCCAGCCUCAUCUCCAUCCCUGACAUCCUCCUCCCUGCAAAGGACAGGUCAGAGAAGCUUUCCAGCUUUUUUGGGGGCCGAAUUUGCCUUGUGCUUCUUACUCCCCUUGUCCCCAUCCACUGACCUGUGGAGAUGCCAGUAGGACAGACCAGAUGAAUGACAGACUGUGACUUUGACCAUACAGAAAACCCCAGAACGACUUCCAGCACCAUGAUCCUACAACACCGAGCACUUGCGUAGUAUGACAGUUUUAAUGGUUUACAUUUGAACUGCAAGACUUCAGGCUCGGUAUAGCAUCCCUCUCAGGAGAAAUACACCCACGAACCCACACUUGACAAGGAGCACCCCAACCCUUGUGAAACUGCAGCCUGGGACAUUCUGGGUCUCGCUCCACAUCACCCCAGUGCUCCAACACCCUGGGUCUCCCUCCAGCUCUGCAGCACAUGCUUCAUCCAAGGUUUCUUCCCCAUGCACAAGUCCACCACAGGCAGCAAGUCAACAGCACAGCCAAAAAUGCCACCAAAACAACAUGCAGCCCCAGGUUUUGGUCACUGAUCACGAUGGUGAAGCCUCUCCCACCAAGCAAUAGCACUGCUCACAUUUAACCACCACAGAAAACUGAUACGAAGAAUGUCCUGGCUUGCCCCAAAGCUAUUAUAUCCAAAAGAAACAAGACUCUGCUUGCUUUCCAGGGAAAACAGGAGGUGAAAUUAGAAGCGGCCAUUAGAGGGAACAUGAGUUGUACUGUUCUAAGCAGCUUUGCAUUUACUCUGCACCUCCCCAGCCUGAGCAGUCACGCUUUGAACGGGCUAAUUCCCUUUUUGGUGGUUAAAUUAUCGCUGGGGAUAGAAGAGUUUUUGUUUGUGCAUUUGUUUUGUGCUCCUGUUGUGCUUUCUAAAGGUUUUCCCCAUGGUUUUAAAAGUGAACACUUCCCGAGCUGGGCUGAAUGGGAUUCUGUAUUUGCUGCCUCGGUUUUUAAAACUUGAGCCAUUUUCCUUGCUUCCCCUGUUCCCCUCAAAGACUGACAUUCUGGCACUUACAGGCAGAAAAUCCAGAGUCUGAGAGCAGGGAUGUAACACAAAACUAACGCUGGUCUCAAUACAUCAGCUGUCUGGCUCAGCCAGGGAAGAUGCCACUCAUUGCUGCGGUAGCACUGCUGGUGGUUGGGACCACAGAGCCUUUCCAGCAAAGUUCGUGGUGAGCAUCUCCAGCUCGUGGUGAGCAUCUCCAGCUCGUGGUGACCAUGUCCAGCUCGUGGUGACCAUCUCCAGCUCGUGGUGACCAUCUCCAGCUCACAACAGAGCUGGGCUUGAUUAAGAGGGCCCCGGUGCGGGGAUUCAGAGAGGUUUCUUGACCCUGGCAGUCUCCCCCAGCAUUUACUGCAGCCUCUGCUUCCUCUCAUCAGCAAAAUACGAGAUAAUGUGUCUGCUGACAACUGUAACUCCUGAUCUCAUUAUGAGGAUAGCGUGUGCCAAGGAGUUAUUAUAUCAGAUCCCUAAAGACUACGCUCAGGACCAUAGUACACUACUUGGCUUCUACUGCAGCAGUACAAGUUCAAUGCACUAAAACCAGUUCUGCAUCAUCUGUCAGCUCAGCACAAAGUCCAUCACCCUCAAGAGCCUUCUCCUCCCUCCUCUCCUCUCCCUGGGGACGUGUCCUGCCCGUGGGGCAGCUCAAGGGAACUUCUCACCCAGCCCAAACGUCACUGGGUGCACAGAGGAUGCCACAAAGUGAAUUUAAAUAUAUCUAUAUAUCUAUAUAUCUAUCUAUAUAUAUAUCUAUAUAUCUUUGGCCCUAGGUCACUAAAGGAGGUUGUGGCAGAAUCAGAUUUUAAAUUCUCAUCUGUUAACAAUGAAAUUUAAGCUUUGUUAUAGAAGCCCAGAGACCUUUCAGAGAAGAAUGCCACAGAAGCAGAGAUCAUCAGUGGUAUUUAGUUUUACUUUACUAACGUAAAUGUAUCCUACUAUAUGAGUACUCCUGAUGUUGAACUUCCUUUACUGAGGGUUUUGGGGAAAACUAAGCCUCAGGCUGGUUGUGCCAAAAUACCACAAUUCCUUUGUUGAAACUUCUGCAACUUCAGAUAUUUUUGAGCAUAACACUAUUAUCAAAAUAUGCAGUCUGACCUCGAAGGAGUGCAAGGGAAUAUUCCUGAUUUACAGAGGUAAGUUAGAGGGGAGAAAAGACAGAAAUAGAUGACAAAGGACAGACUGUUCCACAGCAGAUGAAGUGCUGCCACCUUCCCUGUUUUGAGAGGCCUUUGACAACCACCUAGGCAAAUAAAGAAAUAAAUAUGCUAUGUUACCAUUCUUGAACAAUGCCUACCUAAGCACGGGUGGGCACGGGGCUACAAGCAUAUGGAAUAAGAAAAGACCUUGUCAACAAAUCUGUCCCUAUUCCAUGUGCCAGGAAGAAAACUCAUCCCAUGGGACACUAGAAUUUGGCAGAUUGACUCUGCCACCCCCUAAGCCUCCCUAAACUGGCGAACACUAAUGUCUUCCAGGCAGCAUUUGCAAGCAAAGAAGUUUUACGGUAACUGUCAGCGCAGCAAACCACAGGCCCUGUACAGAGGCACCAACCGUGACUGCUCCAAGCCGGGCAGGACUGAGAAAUCCACACUGCUGAUUCCCAAACACGGCGCUUCAAAGUCACGGUGAAUUCCUGAUGAGUUGCCCGAGAAGGAGCCGUCAUGUCUGCAAAGAGCUGCUGUGCUGGGGCAGCAUGAACGCCCGUGAAAGAACACACUGUUCUGCUGCACCACGGCAGGACGGGGCCAACACCACGAGCAGGGACCUGCCGAGACCCAUCAGGGAGACCAGGGCGAUGCUGUCCCAAGAGCCAAAGCCAGCAGUGACAUUUGGCUCACAGGCAAGCUCAGUGGCAAACCUGACCCUAGCCUGCUCCUCAGCCACCCUGUCACAGCCCCAACCUCUUCCACAGCAACAAGGCAACAAGAUGCACAAAUACACGCUUUGUAAAUGGGGCAGAGGAAGAGUCAUACCGGCUUCAUCAGAAGACAGGAGGAGAAAUCAGGCUAAAACCUGGCACUGCAGUUAUGCAUAAUUUGAUUUCCAAAUGUCAUUAUACGUUUUUUUCUCAUACAGGUUUUAUGUCCUUCAGCAAAGAGGUCUGAUUCAGAACACCUCUUGCCUUCCUGUACUGGCCCUCCUCCCACCACCAAACAAAAUUAACUUCAUUUCCUCGCUCUGAAAGCACCAAAAGCUGCUCCCCACAUCACCUCAGAAACCAGAGGUCUGAUUAUCAUUCAGUCCCCGCACCACAAAAAAUGGCACCAUCACCAGGGAGUAACAGUAGAAGACCCAAAAGCCUUACAAAUAUUUUUGUGUUUUUCUUCCCCUGCAGACUUUUCCUUCAGGCAUCUAGAACUUCGUAAGUAGUUCCCAGAAUCUGAAAGUGAUGCUCCCACCACUCUGCUAAUGGGACCUGUACCAUGUAGCUAUUGAGUGGCUUCCUCCUGGUCAGUGCACGCACUCCCGCCUGCGUUUUAACUCCCUCUUGAAUACUAAUGCCAUGACUCAGGGGGAUGUUGGGUCACUAGUGAUGCAAGGCCUGUCCCCACAGCCCAGUUCAUCGUUAACACAGCAGCAAACACACUCAUCAGCCUCAUAAGGAGUGUGGCCAAGUAUGUGUCCAUCAGGAUGUCCCUCUGAGAUGAGCCAUUGAGCUCCCACAGUACCAGAGAAACAAAAAGGAAACAGGACAUGGCGUUUCAACAGCCCCAUGCAGUGCAAAGAAAGAUCUAGUUGCUCCGCAGAGAGCAAGAGGAGAUUUAUUUGUAGCCUUAUUUCUAAGAAGACAACACCCUAUUUCCAGUUUCCAUCACCAUUACUAUCUCCACAUCGCGCAGUGCCCCAUCAAAGUCCUUUCUAAACCAAACUACUCUGUGAUUUUUCUGCUUUCUGUUCUUGGCCCUGGCCAAACACUAGACUUGAAGCUUUAUUUCACCACUGCACAGGGCCACACAGAUUGCACUCCAUUGCAAGGGAGAGAAAAAUAGACCCUUGCGAACAAGCGUUUCCUACAUAUAAAAGAAAAUAUUCAGUUUUAAAACUUUCCCUCUCCCCUCCCUGAUGCUGGAUUAUUUAAUAGAAGAGACUGCACGAGAGGCAGCGUUAGAGUAACAGAGAGCGAUUCAGAUCUGGAGCACUGAAGCUGAGGCCAGGCAAGGUAGGGCUGCUGGCUGGACCAAAGCAGAACUGGCAGAGGCAUUAAUCAAAUCAGUCAGCUUCAUCACUGCCAAUUUAGGGGUAUCUCAGAAUGCAUUUCAGACCAGGACUAACAAAGUUGUUAUAGUUCCCAGAGUCACAUAAAUCCAGGCUCAUUUUUCACCACAUUUUGUACCAUUUGCUAUAGCGAACUGAGACUUCUAGUGAGCUUUUCUGCCUGUUCUACUCUUGGCUUCUGCCCUCUGAAGUAAAAUCUCAAGACUGUGUUUAGUAACAGUAUAAGAAAAAAAAUGUGGCCUUAGGGUUGGGGGAGGUGGCAUAUUUUUGAUUGUUUUGUCGUUUUGAGUGUGGGUUUGUGUUUUUUCUUUUUACACACAGGAAUCGCUUAGCAACUUAGCACAAUACAAUAGAUACAGGGAGACAUGAACUAGAUGACAAGGGCUGGCCAAGCUGUGGAAAGUAUCAGUAUGGAUAUUCCUUUAAACACCCUUUGUCUCCCCUUCCCUUGCUUGCUUUGAAGUUUGCUGCAGUUGCCAGGGCUAGCAAAGCCGCCAGGGACAUCUGCACCCUUCCCUUCACCCAGGGAGGGUGGGGAGAGGGUGGAAAUCCAAAAUCAUCCUGGAAACUGGCAGGUGAGACACCAACAGCUCCUCAUCUUCCAUGAGAGUCAUGGGAUGCUCACAGCUCCUGCCUCCCAUCCUUUGGAGGCAACGGCUGAUGGAAGCAUUGAGAUGCCAGGCAGGUUUACACCGGGGACAAUAAGAAAAUUAUAGCUGCCCAAGUGCCGCUGCUGGGCAUGUGCUGAUAACACAGAAAAGCCUUAAAAAAAAAAAAACAAAACCCCAAAAAAGACCAAACCAACCAAAAAUAACAAACACACCCCCACACUCCACUCCCUGCUACACUCCUCCACCUCCUUGGAUAAGGUUUCCCAGCAUUAGAAGGGAAUUACUGAGCCGAAUGUGCCAAGGUUCACAGAGCCAGAGCUGAGCUCCAGAUAGGAAGCGCUUUCCAAGCUCUGUGUUUCAGAGACUGCAAUUGCUCCCGUCUCCAUGGAUGUUACACCCAGUGCAGGGAAAGCAUGGGGUCUGGGUACAACCAACCUAGGCUGGGGAGAGAUGCACAAUGUGGCACAGGACACAGCCUACAGAACACACACGACAGACCUGUGGCCAUUUCGUCCUUCAGAGCAAGAAUUAGUCACUUAUCUAAGGCAUGUCUGGGAUCUGCAACAGGAAAAUGCAAAUCUUCUCCGAAAAGGUACACUGUGGAGGAUGCCCCAGGAACUCCUAAACUGGCACCUACUCUCUCAUUUAUGAAUUAAGACAGCCUAUCAGUUUAAGCACCUUUUUCCUUCCCUCAUCUUCAGCUCCUGCCAGUCUCAGCUCUGCCAGGUGGAAUGAGCCCAGCAAAGCUUCCCUAAUCCCCUCUGGGGAGGCAGCCACGCUUCACCCUUCCUGCACCUGCUCACAUUCCAGAUUCUCACUCUAAAUGAAGUCAGCUCUUAUUCCUAAAAACAUCUAAAGCCCAGCUGCAGUCAAAUCCUCAGUAUAAUAUUCAAAAUCUCAAAAUAAGAGAUCCCCUCUUCAAGGGCUCACCCCAGAAGAGGCAGAGCAGAGACUACACCUCCAGGUCCUUUACCCCAAGAGGAUUUCAGUGAGACAGUUCAGGGUUCAGAGACUGCCAUUUCCCACCUCGAUUCUGCAGUCAGAAGAGGCGAGGGCUGGCUUUGCAGUAAUCCUCCUCUCCUGCCUGUGCAUCUCAAUGAACUAUGAAAUUGGAAGGCAGGGAGUCCAAGCAUCCUCACCUGUGCCAGGCUCCUGACCAGCCCUGCAUCCACCUCCCAGGAGUAGCUGUGCCAUGAGAAACCCAGGGUGGGAGAGGGGAAGAGAAAGAAUUAGAUCAAGGCAAAACCCGCCCUCCCCUUCCCCAUUAGAGUCAUCAACUCAAAUCGCAACAGCUGGCACCAGAGGGGACAUAUCUGUAAGAGACAUACAAGGAAAGACUGGUGCCCCUGCGACCCAACACAGCCUUUCUGGACAGGACAUGUAUGUACCAUAUGAGGUUCUGCUGUCAGGGCUGAUGCAAGUUAGUAUGUAUUCUGAUUUGGAAAAAUCUGACUUGUGCUUCAGACCCUUUACCAAAUUCACCAGAAUCCCCCCAGUUCGAGUUCACUGCUCCAACCCCUCACUCCCUCAAUGGACGAGAGCAGUGACAACCCAUAAGGCUCCAAGGAAGAAGAGAAGAAAAAUAUUUAAUAGCAUUUUUAUUCGGCUCUGUUCACAUGAAGACACAAUUAAGGCUAUUAAAUAAACCCAUUUACCCAUUUACCAUGCUGAGGAAACCACUGGAUUCGCCAAUACAACUCACACUGGGAUGCCUGAGGCAGAAGCUGGUGCUGAGUGAAAUUAAAGCAUCACUACAAAGCACAGCCAACUUUCCUGGAAAGAGCCAAGGAAAAGAAGAGAUACCUGUGUACAGGCUGCUGCAAGACAAACUGAAGACAACUUGCACCACAUGCUGACGGCCAAGCGCCCAGAUGUUCCCGUCGUGGACAGUGUAUUACUU